AUGAUCACUAUAUCUGAAAAUGUUGUCCUCAUUGAAGGUUUCAUUGUGUUGAAAUCCAAGGAUAAGCAAGGAGUUGAGACAAAAAUCAUUAGGAACCUUACUAAAACUUCCAAAUUCUUUUCCACCUGGGAAAGAGAGUUGCUUUCCAUUCAAUCGUUGGUGGAUAUAGAUGAAUACCAAACUACCCAUUCCAAGUGUGACUUAAUUCCGAUGCCUUGUAAAGAAUUGUUCGAUUAUUGUACGACCGUAGAGAAAAACUGUUAUGUGUCUGAAGAUGGUUAUCAGAUUGUCAAUGCUAGAACUCCAAAAAGGUUCCACCAACUAGCCCAAAAGUACCUAGUCAUCCCAUUGUAUUGCAAACACAAGCGUACCAAAUACUUUUACUACAAAGAGGAAUCUUCCACCUUAAUUGGUGCCCUUGAUUUUGCUGUUGAUAGAGAUAUUGUCCACUCCAAAGACUCGUCCUUCUUCGAGCAAGAAAUGAAUGUUAGCGAAAUUACGUUCACUGAAUCAGACUUAUCAAUUUUACGUCAGUUCCAUCAGGUCAAACCUCAAUUCAUCGAGUCCACUCAUGAGUUGUUUCUCCAAAUUUAUUCUACUGUUAGACAAAGAUAUCACCGUCGUCCAUACUUGGGUUCUUUUGCUAACCAAGGUCUUGGUGAAGUCUUUCCAAAGGAUCUUCAAAUCCCUACGAUUCAAAAAUACUCCUCUUUAGCUGCCCCUUUUGUUUACCUAAUUGAAGUUUUCCCUCAGUUAUCGUUUGCUCAAGAUAUUGACUCUGCCGAACUAACUGACCCUCCAAAAUCAGUUGAUUCUAUGGCUAAUUGGUUUACCAAAAAAUUGUUACCUGGCUCCUCACCUUCAAUAUGGUUUUUAUUGUUGAGAGUCUGCUGUUACAAUUGGACUGAUGUGUCUUUGUCUUAUCCAGCUCUUCAUAAGUUGAAUGGAUAUCGUCAAUUUGUUGACUCCAUUAGGGCUUUGGCUACUUAUUCUGUUUUAUAUAGAUACCUUAAUCAUGGUGCUAUUGCAGGUGAUUCAAAGGCUGAUGAAAUUUUCCUUACUAGUGUUAGUGAACCUUGGAAUUGGACCAAGAAUAUGUACCACAAAUUGGCAACUGCUUAUCAAGAUUAUACCAAGUUCAACGUCAAGGUCUGUAAACCUGAUGCUGUGUUGAUCUCUGGUAAAAAAUUCUCCAGAUCUUACAUCCAAGAAUUUUAUGCCAAUGUUGUUGCCAGAUAUGAUGGUUGUAUUGAAGAGUUACGUAAAUACUUUGCUGACGUCUGGUCCGUAGAAGCUAUUGCUGAGUCUGUUCUUAACAAGGGCCCCAAUUCCAAAUUCGUUGAGAGUAGAGUUGUUCCUAAGAGUUCAUUGUUUUUUAUAUUCGAUCAUGCAACCUUACUAGCCCAAGUUCCUCAUCCCAAAUCUGGUGUUACCAUUGAACCUGAUGUCGUUGCUAAAAUUGUGACUGAAAUGGGUGUGUGCUUAAUGUGGAUGAUAUAUUUUUCAAGUACUGGUCCUUACAGAUUCCCAGAUAUGGUUAUCUUAAAGUAUGCUGGUAAUAACAGAAAUUUGUUUAUCGAUGCAGAAUCUAGAUGUUUCGAUAUCAUUACUUCCUAUUCCAAAACAAGAACAGCUAAUUAUUUAUGCAAGUCUUUGGAUAAGAAAACUUCAGAUUACUUAUUUUAUUACAUUUUUGUCGCAAGAGCAGUGUUGAAACAUGCUCUCGGUAAGGAUUAUUGUAACAUGAGCAGAGAUUUAUUCCAAGAAACUGACACAGUUGCAGAACAGUAUUUACUAAGAAAUUACUUGGCCAGAUCAGUUGGUGGUGGUGAUUCAGAAGAUGAUUUUGAUCCUGUUAAAUAUUCCAGUAAUGUUUUGAAUUCCUUUGUGUUCGUUGAUGGUCUGUCUCAUACGUUGAUGCAUUACCAUAAAUUCCAAUCGUUGUUGAAGGUGUACCCAAUGUCUGUUGAUAGGUCUUCGAGGUUGUCUUUUAGAGAGUUGAGACAUGGAAUGAUCAAGCUAGUUCGUGAAUAUGUUAAAGUUGAAGGUGAAGAUAUGGAUGUGAUGAAUGUAAAAGAGAGACUAGCUGGUCAUUCUGCUGCAACUGGUCAAGGUAUCUACGGUAACGAUGUUGAGAUUGGUGUUGGUGCAGAUGCGUCGUUGGAGGAGAAAUACGCUUCCUUAAUCAAUAGUGCCUGGCAAAAUUGGUUAGGGCUUGGUUAUAGCAAAGAAAGAGAAGAAGGUGAGUCUGCUGUAGCUAGGGAUGCAUGUGUCAAGAAAUACUUUUCAUCAAAUGGUUCUAUCAAGGAUUUGUUUGUUGCCGGUAAGAAGUUGUAUGGUAAGGAAUUUCAAUUCAGAGAAGGUCAAUUUGAUGUUGCUGUGGAAAUUUAUUUAUCAGGCACUCAGAUCAUCCCUAUUCAAGCUCUUCCAGGUUUUGGGAAAACUGCUCUGUUUCAGAUUCCUUUGGUUGCAUUAUCUUAUGGUGAACAAAAGACUGUUUCAUUUGUGUUUGUCCCUUAUGUUUGUUUGCUAUCGAAUAUGAAACUAAGACUAUCUUCAAGUGGUAUUAAUUGUGGUAUUCUCAAGGAUUUGUUUGUUAAUGGUCCAGCUGUUGAAGAGAAAAACUUGUUUUGUGAUGUUUACGUUGGUACCUUUAACGAUUUAGGUUCUGAGAAUUUUGUCCGGUUGGUCAAUAAUUGGUACAAUAUAUAUCAAGAUUGUAUUCUAGGUAUGAUUGUCAUUGAUGAGUUUCACAACUUAGAGACUGAACAAUCGUACCGUGGACAAUCUUUUAGAUUGAUUCCUGAGAUUAACUUUAAUCUUGCUUGGAAGGUGGUGGUGGUGACAGGUACUGCUGGUGAAAAGGGUAUGGUCAAACCUAUGAAAUUUAUUGGUUAUGACAAGGAGAUGUGUACGUCGAUGGUGUCCAAUAAGAACAGAAUCUUGUACUUUGAUUUGGUUAAUCAAAUUCCUCUCAAGAAUAUUGUGAAGAAGUUCCAAGUUUUUGAAAGAUCUACUGUGGCAGAGACUGAGGUGGAAAAGUUGGUAGAUAGAUUCAUGGAGUAUGAUACCAAGUCCAAGGUGAUUAUUGUUUGCAAGGAGAAGGUUACUGUUGAGAAGUUGUAUUUCAGGCAAGAUUCUGAAUGGGUUCAUGGGGAUUUACCAUCUGAAGAGAAGAUUAAGAAAUCAAGAAGAUUUAUUGAGGAUGAGAAAUGCAGAAUAAUGAUAGGGACGAAGUUGGUGUCAGAGGGUAUUGAUAUCAAAGCAGUCAAGUUGGUGAUAAUGCUUGAUUACCUUCCAUCAAUUGGGG